AUGCGGUCGGGUGGCGAUGGCGCCAUGCCGCAGGAGCACAGCGAGGCGGCAGCAGCGGCGCUCCUCGAGGCAAACAGUGAGUUGAUGACGCUCUUCUUUCGCCAUAUCGCCGUCUGCCCGCCGCACGGGCCCUUUAAGUAUUACAGUGCGCUCACCUUCACGGAACGUGUACGUCGCUGGAGCGCGGCGCACGCGUCAACAGCCGAAUCGGUGGCGAUGGAUGCCUUGACGCCCACAGCGGUGCUGCAGCUGAUGGAGAGGUACUACAACACCCAGCACCUGUGCAGCUGGCCGCUGCUGUAUGUUCCUGCAGAAAUACGCCUGAAGGAUGUAGAGGCCCUCAUUGAGAAGGGGAAAUAA